CACUGAUUACGUCAAUUGCUUCUGUGGGCUCUGUGGCUCUCUCUGUGCAAGGAACUCAAAUCAGUGAAGUGAAUGUAGUUAAAACAAAAAGUAAAUGUUUUUGUAUCUUGUAUGACGCUCGCAGCUUUCUACAUGUACCAUCUUUGACGUACCUACGUACGUCUAUAUCCACUAUUGUACUGCCCUGAAUACCCUAUUUCUUAAUUACUUGAUCGCCAGGACCUCGAUAUCGUAGAGGAGCCCAAUAGAUUCACCAGAGAUGGAGCCAGUCAGCCAGAAAAAAGUGCUGUUAAAUAAUGGUGUCGAAAUGCCACUCGUUGGAUUUGGUACUUUUCGAAUACGGUCUGCUGAGGUUAUAAUGAGUGUUGUUGAGAGUGCUCUUGCGUCUGGUUACAGACUUUUUGACACAGCUACAGUAUAUGGCAAUGAGAAAUACCUAGGAGAGGCUCUCCGGUUGCUGCUGCCGAAAUUUGGAUUAACACGCCAAGAUAUUUUUAUAACUACCAAGCUAUCACCAAGAGAUGCUCACACUAAAGAAAUUAUAAAGGAAGCUUGCCGUAAGUCACUAGCCAGUUUAGGAUUUGAAAAAAUUGAUUUGUAUUUGAUUCAUUUUCCUGGGAUGGCGAAUUUGAGUUCCGCUGAUAUCCAGAACAUAAAAUUACGCUCUCAAGCUUGGGAAGCUCUGGUUGAAUGCUACAACGAAGGAUUAGUUAGAUCCAUAGGUGUCUCAAAUUACACUAUAAGACAUCUCCAGGAAUUAGAAGUCCGCAAUUAUGGAGUGGUCCCUGCUGUAAAUCAGGUCGAGUGUCAUCCAUACUUUCCACAAAAAGAACUGCUAAUAUAUUGCCAAGGAACUGGCAUAGCCCUACAAGCUUACUGCUCGCUCGGAGGCACCUCUUCAGGUAUAGCUUCACUAAUCCAUGAUCCUGUGGUUAUCAACGCUGCCCAAAAACUAGGUGUUAGUAGCGGGCAACUGCUGUUAGCCUGGGCUACACAGCAAGGAAUAAGCGUCAUUCCAAAAUCAACUCAUGCGGACCGAAUCAAAGAGAAUAUCUCUCUUAAUUUUAAAAUACCCGAUGAAUAUAUGAAAGCCCUAGAUAAACUUGGGGCCAAAAAUACAAAAUAUGCUUGGGAUCCAUCAACUGUUGCUUAACUUCGCUAGAUCUAAAUGUCAGCGGCUUAUCUAUAAUGAUUUACAGACAAAUUGACUAUCAUGUUAAUUCAUGUUACAGGGAGCGUAGCCAACAAGCCAAUCGUUAACGAUCCGUCGCGAACGAAACGCAACUGUCAGUGUCGCACUAAUAUGGAAGAGUGACAGAGAGAGAAAUGACUACGCUACGCUACGCUACGGAGCGUUAACGAUUGGCACGUUAGUAAAGCACCCCUAGCUUACUUAAAAGAUGUAACUAACAUAACAAAUUACGAGUUGUGUGCGUUGUUUACUUAUGAGGAGGUAUUAAGAUGACAGCGGAGGACCCGUGCGAAAUCGCCUUUUCAUAAAAACAUAGUCCUCAUUUUCCUCUCUAGAUAUUAACAUUACUAUUGAAAAUGUUUUUACUCAAUUGCUGUGUAUUAACCACGGCUGCCCCCACGUUUUCGAAUUUUGAAUUAUUAUAAGAUCAAGGAGCAUUAAAAAAUUUGGAUUUGAUCUGUUUUUCACUCCUUAUGCAUGUUUACAAUAAUCAAGAAUAUUUAAAAAAAUCAAUCGUGGGCACAGGUAUGGUUACAUCAAAUUAUGUAAAGAAAUAGAUAAAAUGGGGACUACGUUUGUACAGAGAAGGCGUCAUUUAUCCCUUUGCCGAUAGGGAUGAUGAUACAUGUUGAAUUUUAUAACAAAAUCUAGUAAAAUAGAUAGCAAAUGAGCAAUUUAUCUCAAAAAUGUGUAUAUUAAAAUAAUAUAUGGGAAUGUUAAAAAAAAACAGGACCUAAAAGUUACAAAAUUUAUGUUUCUUUUUCUUCCAAAAAGGAAUAGAGUAAGGGCUGUGGUAAGGGUAUCAAUGAAAAUGUUGUAUAGCAACUAAAUAUAUAAACGCAAUAUUUCACCGACAAAAUCGCAAUUUUCUAGUUUUUCGCCCUCAGUGACCGUGACGUCACUUUCACUUAUUGUUUUGUCAGGAGCGUUUCGCGUGUGAAGUACGACUGUGACCGACUUUGAUUAUCAUUUUCGACUUUUGUAUUGGUUUAAUGCAAUGGGUUCUAGAAACUCAUUACUCACUCACUCUUCGUUCAUUUGAUUCUAAUAACAAACCUGAUCGAACGAUACCAUUAAUAAAAAAAAUGACAUCUAGCCUAUUGGAUGGCUUCUUGCGUUGUCAUAACAGAAAGCUUUUGCGUUUUGGUUGCCAACUCUGAUACUCUUAACUUUACAAUUCAUCAUAGUAAUAAAUAAUAAAUUAGACUAAUUAGAGCCUUUAGUAAA